CACAAGUUCGUCACCCAAUUUUAUGCAAAGAUAACCCCCGCAUUUGCCAUCCAAAGCCGGAGACGCAAUCGCAAAAUUCUCAACAAUCCAACUCAGAGUUCAGAUAAACUCUUUGGAUGGCGUCGACUAUGAGCACUUACGGUUCUGGCGUCUUCCAAAAUGUUUCAAUGGCUGUGGGGCUGAGGCUCAAGCGAAGCCCUGGUGUUGCUGUUGGUGUUGCUACCACUAAUGCAAGGCCUAGGCGCUCAGCGGCUGUGGUGGUCAGGGCAGAGGGUCAAACCAUAAACCCGGAAAUAAGGAAGACAGAAGAGAAGGUGGUUGACUCUGUUGUGGUCACUGAGCUUGCCAAGCCGGUUACUGCUUAUUGCAGAUGUUGGAGGUCAGGAACUUUCCCCCUUUGCGAUGGAAGCCAUGUAAAGCACAACAAGGCUACAGGGGACAAUGUUGGGCCUUUGCUCUUGAAGAAGCAGUAGCAAUUUAUAAUUGGUUUUUCUAUCAUGGUUUUGGUUUCUCAUGUUAAUUUUGAUUACUGAAAUGUUUACUAAAGUUUUCAUCUGGAGAACGAUGUUUGUGUUGCUUGUCUUUUGAUUGGGUUGAGCUCUCUGCUUUCAUAUUGCUUAGUGUUUCCUCAAUUAUGUUUUCAUACACCAUCAAAUGCAAGCAAUAUUGCUGCUCUUUAAACCUUAGACGGCCAGACAUGUAACAAUAUAAGAAGAAACGGUAGAUGUUAUGAUGUCAAAGGAGUACAUUAAGACUCUGAGAGUGGGAAUCCUUUUUUGUUUUUACGAAUGAUUUAUUGUGAAAGGGAUGAUUUGAAUUUUGCAGUUAAUUACCUACUGUGACAUCUUGACUCUAAUAACUGGAACAAAAAGAAUCAAUAAGCCAUGGCUCCUAGUUAAUCUUUAAGUGAUGCCAAGAUGUAUGCCUUAGUUAUUGAUUUUGGUUCUUUUU